GGGCCCUAGUGCAUUUGUUGCCAACGUCUUCCGUUAUACUGCAAGUUUUUGGUGUAACAGGCUAGAAGGUUAAAAGGCAGUGAAGGAAAUGUGAGACAAAAUACCAAAAAAAAAAAAUUACCCUGCCAAAUGCUGACUUAGUCUUCCUCAUGCUGGCCGGAUCCCAUUCAAAUGAGCCUUUCAUCAAGGCCGCUUCCAUAACUGUUGCCACCCUUCUGUCGGGGUACGCUCUGUAUCGCCUUCUAGCUCCCAAAAGCACUUUUGACCACUUGCCAAAUUCGACGUUUGUUGCGCCGCAUUCCUAUAUAUAUGACCACAAGCAACGCGAGCAAGACAUCUACGAGGAAUAUCCGCCGUUUGAGACAGUCAUGAUUGCAGGAUCAAAGGCGUUACUUGUUAAUGAUCCCGAGUACGCCCAUCAGGCACUACUACGACAGGAUAGAUAUAAGCCGGGACAUCUCUAUGGACGGUCGCCACUCAUUUCAUCUUUCCAUAGUGUUUUGAUCGGAGGUGCUAAUAUUGCAAACGCUGCCGGAGAAGACUGGAAGCACCGAAGAGAUGUGCUUGUGCCUCAUUUUCAAGGUCGCGUUCUGAUCCCGGAACUUUUCCCUUUCAUUUUGAGAUCUACAAUAGACUUGGUUGAGGAAAUAAGAACUCAUGACGGUAAAGCAAUUGACAUGGAUGAACGAUUUGUGACACUGACAGCCGAUAUCAUAUGUGAAUAUAUUUUUGGUGGAGUUCCUGAUGAUGGCCAUCUCGUAUUUGAUAACUUCAGUAGGCCAGCGGCUGCCAUUGCCACCAUCAAAUUGAAGCAUAUUCUAAAAUUAUUCGGCAUCAAAGGGAAAUCUUUGCUUGAAAUCGAACGAAAUUCAGAGAUCAUUCGCGGUGUUAUCCGUGGCGUGAAGCGCGGGGAUCGCAAAAGACGUAAUGGUUCACCUACGUUGGUAGAAGAAAUGUUAAAGCUAGAAGAAUUUCAAGGUCCUUCAGGAGAAGAACGUCUGGUGCACGAGCUACUCAUUAUGAUCAUGGCAGGACACGAUACCACCGCUCAUUCUCUCACUAUGAUCGUCUAUGUCCUCGCCCUCCAUCCCGAGUGCCAACAAAAGAUCAGAGAAGAAGUGAAUGCCAUCAUUUUUGACGAUCAGGGUAUUACUGCCAGUGACAUGGGGAAAUUGAAAUACACGUCUGCCGCUAUUAGAGAGAGUAUGCGUUUGCAUCCAGUCCUCUCUUCUCUUUUAUUACAUGCCUACGAGGAUACUUCUCUCGGUAAUAUUCAAAUUCCAAAGGGAUCAACUAUAGAGAUUCCCCAAGUUCGCAUUCAGAGGGAUCCUGAAAUAUUCAAAAAGCCACUGGCCUUCAAGCCAGAACGCUGGUUACAGGAAGAUUUAGAGCUUCAAGGAGAUAUCGAGAAGGUCCAUGGUGGCAAAUCUCAAAUGGCCAAUGCGUUCUUAGCCUUCUCUCAAGGAACCCAUAGUUGCCUUGGUAUGAACUUGGCUAAUCUUGAGCUUCGUGUAGUCACAGCUCUCCUGGUCAAAAACUUUGAUAUUCGAUAUAAUGGUCCUGUUCCCGAACAGAAAGGCUUCAUCCUUAGAGCGAAGGAUAGCCCCUUAAUUGAAAUGCAUCCUCGUAUGUCAGACUAAGCGCUACGUCCUACUUAUUAUCAUAAUUAAAUAUCAGUCGCUCGACACUUUAAUCCGCGACGUUACUGGUUUAAAGUUAUGGAUAAGUUGUACUGCAUAUUAUAAUGAUUGCAACAUCCUCUAUAGACUUGUCACACCUUUGAUCGUACAAAGCAGAUCGAAACGACUGGUUUCACCUCAUGCGUAACAAUGCUUUUAUAUAACUUU